AUUAAAGCUGAGCUGAGCCGAGCCGAGCUGGGUUGAGCUGCUCUUACGGGUUUUAGCAGAAACUGCGCUCGUAGUAAAGAUGCAGCUUCACUUCACUAAAGAGGUUUUACCGGAUUCUGUCAGCACCGACUUCCAGAACCUGAACAAAUUGACGGAGCAGCAAUUUCACCGUCUGACUGAAGUUCUGUUCCAGUUCUUGCUGGAGCCUAAAGAGACGGAGAGGUUCAUGCAGCAGCUCAGUGAGUUUGCAGGGGAACAUGGUAUGAGUGCCGGUCCUCUGAGGAACCUGAUGAAGAGCGUCCUCCUGGUGCCACAGGGAGCCCUGAAGAAGAACCUGACAGCCGAGCAGAUCAAAGAAGACCUCGUGACGUUAGGAGUGAACGAAGACAAAGCUGCUCACUUUUCACACCAGUGGGGGGAACACUACACGGCGUUGUCCAGGCUUGCUGUGGGACAGACUCUGAUGGUCAACCAGCUGGUGGACAUGGAGUGGAAGUUUGGAGUGACUGUCGGCACCAGUGAAGUACAGAAAAUGGGCAACAUCUUUCUGCAGCUGAAGCUGGUGGUCAGAAAGGGGAACUCCACAGAAAACGUCUUCAUGGAGUUGACGCUCCCUCAGUUUUACAACUUCCUACAUGAGAUGGAGAGAGCCAAGGCCAGCAUGGACUGUUUCAGCUGAGUGUGUGUGUGUGUGUGUGUGUGUGUGUGUGUGUGGUCAUGUCAGAGUGUGUGUGUGGUCAUGUCAGAGUGUGUGUGUGGUCAUGUCAGGCUGUAGCUGCAGGGCAGUGUGUGGUAUAUGUUGUGUCAUUUUUUCUGUCUGUGUGUGGCACUGACCCCCCCUCCCACACACACACACACACACACACACAGAAACACACUUUAUUUCCUGCUGGACGUUUAGAUUCACGUCUUCUAAUAAACACGAGUAAAAACCAAACGUGGCCCUCUGCUCCUGUUUCUGUCUCUGGGUUUCGUUCUUUGAGGAGCGAGAUGUGAACAAAGUCAGACGUGUCAUCAAUACUUUCUCCUUUUCUGUCAUUAAGACGAACUUCGGGUAAAACUUGUGGCGGGAAUUUUGGCAUUUUGAUCCAAAACAAACACAUGAAGGCAGAAAGUUAACCUCAGCCAGUUC